AUGGAGAAGAUCGUCGAAGAAAAUGCAUUGGCAACAGAAAUGAUGCCGAUUAUCCUCGAAACCGAUCGCUGUCACAUCAGAGACGAUGAGAACAUAAACAGUGAACAAGAAGAUCUGGUCAAAUCAUCCGUCAUUUCUAUUCCGUUGGUUCACACUCAACAAACAAAUCCCACAACAACAUCGUCAUUUGAACAAAUCGUUAUUGAUGAACUUCGAUCGAUCAAAACGACAUUAAAUUCAGUGAAUAGAAGACUGACCAAUAUCGAAAAAAAAACUGAUGUCAUUUAUGAAAUGACGUCAGGGCGAAUAGUUAUCCCAUGUUGCCUAUUUUUUAACGAUUGCGGUGUAACUGCGCCGCAGUCUUCGCAACCGCGAACUAGUGCCAAAAAAUCUGCGUUGACUGCGACACAGUGCGAUCGUAAUAGAAUACAUGCCCUCCAUUCUUUAGGUAUCACCGGUAUUGAAGGAUUCUCUUGUGAAUUUUAUCAUUAUUAUGAAUAUAGUCUACCAUUAAACUCUUUGGCUAAUGAAUUGCAACAACAUUAUUAUAAUCGAUGA